GUCAGAGCCAGAGCCGCUCAUUGCACGCGCCGAUUAUUAUUAGAUUCCUCCAGACAGCCAAUCAGCGCGUUCGGGGGGCGUGGCCUCUCGGCAGGGGGCAGGCUGGAGACAGGCUCUGAUUGGCUACUGCGCCUGUACCGGUUUGGCCUCGCGCAGGGAUAAAGCCGCGCGAGCUGUGUCAGUUCGAAAGCACCGAAACACUUCUCUCAGUGUGUGUGUGUGUGUGUGUGUGUAUAUAUAUAGGUGUGUGUAUCUGUGUGUAUGCGCGCAGAUGGGAAGCGCAGCACUACUGCAACUACUACUACUGCAACUACUACUGCACCAACCUGCAGCUGAAACACACACACACGCGCGCGCGAACAUGAACGGAGAGCGGACACGGCGCGAGCCGGAGAGUGUGUCCGCGCACUGAGUGUCGUGCGAACUUUAUUAUUAUUAUUAUUGUUGUUAUUAUUAUUAAUCAUCAUCAUAAUUAACACGGAUUAAAAAGAAGGAAACAACAACAACAACAACAACAACCAUCAAACUUUCCAGGGCUGCUGGUGAGAGCGGAAGUGGAGUCUGUGUGCUGCGGCGCUCUCUUACAGUUUCACGGUGGGAUUCGCGCUCGCGCACACCGGGAUGGUGCAGAAGUCGAGCGGCGCGGAGAGUCCGGAGCCCGGGCUGAUGACGGACGCGGAGCUGUCCGCCGCCUCAGCCGAGAAGCUCGUGGACCCGGGCUGGUGUAAGACUCCCAGCGGACACAUCAAGCGGCCCAUGAACGCGUUUAUGGUCUGGUCGCAGAUCGAGCGGCGCAAGAUCAUGGAGCAGUCCCCCGACAUGCACAACGCGGAGAUCUCCAAGCGGCUCGGGAAGCGCUGGAAGCUGCUCAAGGACACCGACAAGAUCCCGUUCAUCCGCGAGGCGGAGCGCCUGCGCCUCAAGCACAUGGCGGACUACCCGGACUACAAGUACCGGCCGCGGAAAAAGGCCAAGGCGGCGAGCGGCGGCGGCGGAGGAGGAGGAGGAGGAGGAGGCACCAAGACCGGGGAGAAGGCGAGCGCGGUGAGCGGCGCCGUGCUGAAGGCAAACUCCAAAAAGAGCGGAAGCUCCAAACCGGCGGGUCACAGCAAAGCGCACAGGGUGGCGCAGAAAUCAGCCGCCGCAGCGCAUGAACCGGAUCACCACGCGCUCUACAAGUCUAACAAGAAACCCAAAAGAGUUUACGUCUUCGGACCCGGAGCGGCAGGAACCGGUGGAGGAGGAGGAGGAGGAGAAAGCGUUCCAGCGAGCCCGACCCUGAGCAGCUCCACCGAGUUCGGCGACGCGCAGAGUCUGUACGAGGACUCGCACCGCGCCAUCCGCGCGCCCUCGCCUGCCCCCUCCGCGUCCCACUCCCCUUCAUCAUCAGCGUCAUCGUCGUCGUAUUCGUCCUCUUCGUCGUCCUCUUCUUCGUCGGAUGAGGAGUUUGAGGACGACAUGGCGGAGGUCGGACGCCGCGCGAGCCCCGGGUACGACAGCACGUCCCUGGGCAGCCUCGGCUCCUCUUCCGCGUCCUCGUGCUCUCCGGGGCUCGACCGCGACUGGGACUCGAGCUUCGAGUCGUGCGCCGGAUCUCACUUCGAGUUCCCCGAUUACUGCACGCCCGAGGUGACCGAGAUGAUCUCACGGGACUGGCUCGAGUCCACCAUCUCCAACCUCGUGUUCACCUACUGAACCAGCGGAGCGGGAGCGCGCGCGCGCACACACACAUAUGCACGCACACACGCGGGGCUGAAACAAGCAACAAACAAACAAACAAACAUCGAAAAGAAAUCAAGGGGAAAUUGUUUCACGACGGAGUUGCGUUGAGACGGGAUUCUGCGUCUCAGGAAUCAAACCGCGCAAAAAGGAAAGAAAAAUUGCGUUUAAGUUAAAAAGAGAGAGAGAGAGAGAGAGAGGAGUGAAGAAGAAGAAGGGACUGAGGAGGAGGCAUGUGCGUCGGUGCAUUGAGCUGCAUCGUGUUGCAUUUGCAGAGUCGCAUUGCAUUACUGCAAACAUCAAGUUUUGUGCAUUGAUAAAAAAAAAAAACAUUUAAAUUAAAGAAAUAAUAAUAAUAAUACAUGAGAAGAGGAGUCGCAGAGGCGCGUGGCCGGAACACAGAGGGAUGUUGUUUUUAGAGCUGGAGCAGGACUGAAAAGGACGUUGAAGUAUUUGCAUGAAGAGGAGGACAAGAUGAAGCAGGAGAAAUGUCCCUGUCCAUGUCCAUGCGCGCAAACAAACAAAUAAACAAGAUCAUAUUGCAAAAAAAAAAAGUCGGAACUGGAAAGAAAAAAAAAAACUGUGAUUUGAUUUGCACGAGAAGCUGUUUUCAGUCAUCUUUAGAAACAAAACAAGAAACAAACAAACAAAAAGGAUCCAACCACGUGACUUUUUAACGCUUAAGAGGUACAGAAAUAGGCUGUUCGGGUGUUUUUCGGUUUGUUUUUGGAGGAGGAGUGGAGACAUGAACGAGACUUUAAGACAACCCUUUAUUAUUAAAAGAAGGAGGGGGGGGCGUGGUGUGUCUGUCCUCUGGCGCGUCACGGUUUGUUGUGGAACAGUUCACUAGCAGUAGGUUGGUUUCAGGUGGCUAGGUGGCGCCAUGCUGGACUUAACAAACAAACAAAUAAAAAUAAAAAAAUCACCAGCUGUUUUUCAUUCUGAACUUCAGGAUUCAAACUCAGAUCUGUGCUAAAAGUUCUUUUUUUAAACUAAUCAGGACCAAAACUCUCCUGUUUUUAUAUACUCUUGUCCAUCAUUGUGUGUUUGUUUGUUCAGAUGCCAUUGUUUUUAUAAAUAUAUAUGAGGAUGUAUUUAUAUACCAGCCAAGCAUUGCAUUUUUAAAAAAGAAAAAAAAAAAUCUUUUUUUUGUUUGUUUUUGUUUUGUUUGUUCACACUCCUUCUCCUUAAAAAGAAGGGCUAUUUUUUUGGUUUUGUUUUAAUUUCUUUUUAUAUUUAAAUGUAGACUUUUUUGGAGAGAAAAGAGAGCGUUUGAUUAUUUUCUCAGUGUAUUUUUGUACAAAUCUAUAUUUAAAAAAAAAACAAAAGAAAAAAAAAAACAAAAAGGAAAAAGGGGGUGUGGCGAUUCGUUGAUGAUUUGUAAACCAGCUUUUUCUCCAGAUUUUUUUUCCCCUCUCUGAAUAUAUUUUUUAUUCUAGGUGGGUGGCUUAAAGCGAAAUUUGACCUCCUGUCUGUGUUUACAGCUCCAAUCUCUCCUUCACACACACACACACACACACACAAUUUUUUAACAUGAAACCCUGCUUUAAAGGGACAUCACAGAUCAGCUCUUACUCAGUCAGUUAUUGUAGCUUUAAUCGAUCAUUUUUAUAGCAUUUUGCAAAAAAAUGUUUUUUGUUUUCUUUUUUAAGAAUAUCGAACGAAAAAAAAAUGAAAUCAUGGUGUUUGGAUAUUUAAUCUGUCUUUUUCUACUCGUAUAGCUCAUCGUUUUUUGUAUUUUAUGGCAUGGUGGAUAGACUUUUGUAUCACAGAUUCAGGUUUCUAUAAUAGCUGUUGUGUUCUGAAAAAAAUUAGGAAAAAUCGUGAAUUUGUACAGUCGACUGUAUUAUUAUUAUUAUUAUUAUUAU